UCUUCCUGCACCUCUGAUGCUGCUUGGCCUGCUGUGUUCAUCCAGCUGUACACCUUGUUAUCUCUAUGUUCAUACAGGACUUGUUUUCUGACUUUAACACAAGUCUGGUCACAGCACACUCAGCCACAAGCUGAUGGCCAACAGUUUGAGCUCUACUGCCAAAAUGUGAAACCAAGACAGACUUGCAUUGAUAUUGUGCCUUUUGCAACCAUAAAAUAUGUCUUACCACCUAUGAAUUUCUUUCAAAGUGCAUGUAUUCAGAUUUGCUGUGUAGGAAAGGUGACAAUGAAGUUGCUCAUGGCAAGCUCUCAAAAAUGACAGAUAAAUGGCCAGAUAAUCUGCUUUUCCUUUGUGCUUUUGGUUUAGGGAUAAAGGUUAGCCAGGACACUACAGAUAACUCCCACAGUACUCUUGUAAAUAGGGACCACAGGAGAGAGAGUUUUGACAUCUACUUGAGUGGGCAGAUGUGCCCUUCAGUUAGGUAUCUCAUCUGAAAGAUGGCACCUCCAACAAGGCUGCACUUAUUCAGUUCUGUACUGAGUGUCAACCUUGGAAUUUGUGUUCAAGUUCUGGUGUGGGACUUGAACCUCUAACUUUGUGACACAAAGGUGAGAGUGCCACUUCCUGUACCCAGCUAACAUUAUUGCCAGCAUUUAACAUUGACUGAUAUUUAAGCUCAUUGUCAAGGCAGUGUUGCACUGCCAAAGUGACCACCCUUAGUGUACGAUAUUAAACCAAAAUUUGUUGAAAUGUAUGAUGCUGGAAACUGAAGUAAAUUUGUCCCACGCCCACUUUGCAGGAACUGGUAGGUUUUGUCAUAUAGUACUGUUGUUUGAUAAGCACACUGAUUAGUACGUAUGGUUAUAGAGAGUCAGCUGUUUUGUGAUGCAGAGUGAUGCCAACAGCACAGGUCACCACGGAAGUCCCACCCUCUUCAACCUUGCCCCUUGCCUGAGCCGCUAGUCUUGUCUGUAUCUAAUGAGAGAACAGCUGUGAUCUUUGGGGGUGAUGGCAACUUUGCACAUGGGUUGUUCACACAAAUAGCAUUCCAUGAAGUUUCCAGACUUGUUUUUACGAGUUGUAUUCAUACAGUAAAUAUUACCUCAUAGCCACGAAUAGAAAUAUGAUUUCAUCAUGGCUGUUUUGAAUAGGUUAGUUGGAUUUAAUCACAGUAUCAGCUUCCUAAGAGCAGUUCCUUUUAUGUAAAUAAUACUGGGAUUUGCCCAUCAUUAAUUAUCCAUUCAAGGUUUAAAAAAAAACAACCCAGAAAUUUGAGAGCUAAGUGAGCUGUAACAGUGCAAGAAUUCAUUGGAACUAAUACAUUGGCUUAGCCCAUGCAAUGAUAGAUGUAACUGGAUAAUGUGUCAUAUCCUGUCUUUUAAAUUAGAGUUACCUUUUAAUGGAUGGUUUCAUAAGCCAAUUUUGUAAUGCCUUAAAGGAAUGAAAGUUGUAACUGCAUGGUGAAGGUACAAUACAUUGAUGAAUUGCAAAACCUCUGAACUGUUUGUAAUUAACCUGAAGGGGAGCCAAGUUUCUUUAUCCAGGUGAAUCAGGAAUGAAGGGUCUCGACCCGAAAUAUCGACUGUUCCUCUGUUGCUGUCUGACUUGUUGUACUCCUCCACCUCCACAUUUUAUUGACUCUGCAGUCCUUGCUAUCUCCUGAUGCAUGUGUAGAAUGUGUAAGAGACUACAUUUUAAAAAAAUUUUUGGACUGAGGACUGAAAAUGAGAAAAUGGACACUGCGUUCAAAAGGGGAGAAUGUACAAGGAAUUGUUGGGAACCUGGAAAAACAAGUGAAGCUAACUGAUGCAUGAAAGACAAUUUUACCUGUUGGGGAGAUCGGGUUGAAACAAGCAUGCACUAUUUAUUCUGGGUUCAGGAGAGCUCAGCAUUUGAACAACCUGCUGAUGGAUCCAGCUGCAACUUAACAUAUACCCUGUGAGUGAAAUACCAGGAGGAAGGAAGGAAGGAAACUCAAGUGGGCUGCAUUAAAAUAUCUCUCUCUGUCUCCUUUCUCUGGAAAGUUGCUCUCUGUCCAAUUUUCUGUCAAAAAAGCAGGAACACCUCAUUGAGAUGCUGAAAAGAAUAAUUCUAAAGCCAAAGGAACAAGAAAGACCAAGAUCCAACCAAUCAACCAGUGAAUUAAACUCUGACUGCUGUACAGUUAACAUUGUGGUAUCAAUGAGGAAUGAAAAGGAUUGUGAAAGCAACCCAUCUAGUUUUGUUACCAUGGCAAUGAUUGGAGACUCCACGGCAUCUUUUGCGAUGAGUAAUCACACAAGGGAGAGAGUAACUGUGGCUAAACUGACACUGGAAAAUUUCUACAGUAACCUGAUUGCACAGCACGAAGAGAGAGAAAUGAGGCAAGUACAACUAGAAAAAGCCAUGGAGCAGGAAGGAUUAGCUGAUGAAGAUAAACAAAUGCGAAGAACACAACACGCUCAGAAAGAGACAGAAUUUCUUCGCCUCAAGAGGACAAGGUUAGGUCUGGAUGACUUUGAAUCCCUAAAGGUUAUAGGAAGAGGUGCAUUUGGGGAGGUACGCCUUGUACAGAAGAAGGACACUGGUCACAUCUACGCUAUGAAAAUCCUUCGCAAGUCGGAUAUGUUGGAGAAAGAACAGGUGGCUCACAUUCGGGCAGAGCGGGAUAUCCUCGUGGAGGCAGAUGGUGCGUGGGUGGUGAAGAUGUUCUACAGCUUUCAGGACAAGAGAAACCUCUAUUUAAUUAUGGAGUUUCUGCCGGGUGGUGAUAUGAUGACCUUGCUGAUGAAAAAAGACACUCUGUCUGAGGAAGAGGCUCAGUUCUACAUUGCAGAGACUGUCUUGGCCAUUGACUGCAUCCAUCAAUUGGGUUUCAUUCACCGCGACAUUAAGCCAGAUAACCUCCUGUUAGAUAACAGGGGUCAUGUGAAACUAUCUGAUUUUGGCCUGUGCACAGGAUUAAAGAAAGCUCACAGGACAGAGUUCUACCGAAAUCUGACCUGCAGUCCUCCCAGUGAUUUCACGUUUCAGAAUAUGAACUCCAAACGAAAAGCAGAAACGUGGAAGAAAAACAGACGGCAAUUGGCUUACUCCACAGUUGGCACUCCUGAUUACAUUGCCCCAGAGGUGUUCAUGCAGAAUGGAUACAACAAGCUGUGUGAUUGGUGGUCUCUGGGAGUCAUCAUGUAUGAAAUGCUGAUAGGAUACCCUCCGUUCUGCUCAGAAACCCCCCAGGAAACAUAUCGCAAAGUGAUGAACUGGAAGGAAACCUUGGUUUUCCCUCCGGAAGUUCCAAUUUCUGAGCGAUCAAAGAGCCUAAUUCUCAGAUUUUGCUGUGCAGCAGAUAAUCGGAUUGGAGCUGGAGGGGUGGAAGAAAUUAAAAACCACCCAUUUUUCGAGGGGGUAGACUGGGAACACACCAGGGAGAGGCCAGCAGCGAUUCCCAUUAAUAUCCGAAGUAUUGACGAUACUUCAAACUUUGACGAAUUUCCUGAGUCGGACAUCUUGCAGCCAGCGCCCAACAUGACUGACACGGAUUAUAAAUCUAAAGACUGGGUCUUCAUUAACUACACCUACAAGAGGUUCGAGGGCCUGACUGCUCGGGGAACUAUCCCAUCAUACAUGAAGGUGGGGAAAUCCUGAAGACUGCUGGAGGGUUACAAUGACCUGUGUGUGCGUGUGCACCUCUCUCUUCCCCUUUCCUCUCCUCCCACCUCCACCCUGAGGACUCACUGUUACACAUCCCCCAAACUCCCAGGUCAACCAGAGUUCUGCUGGAUUACAGUUCCCUGCAGCUCAGUAUCUACUUUUUAUUUGAACUUGUUCGUAGAACAAAGAACGCUGCAUCUUGCAUGGAUUCACUCCCUCAAUGAUGGAUUAAAACCAGCGGCCACUGUUGGAUAUUUUUAAUUUAAUGUGUGUGUGUGUGUGAGCGUGUGUGUGCAUGUGUGCUGUUGGGAUGCAGUGUUCCGAUAUGUGGCUGUGUUUAAGCUGCAUGUGCCAGCGAGUGUGGAUGGAGGGCUUGCAGUUUCUACCAAGAGUUGUGAAAUCUGGUGGAAUGUUGCACCAUGAGUGUGCAUUUGCGAGAUUGUGAUUGUACUGAAGCUGUGCAGCACCUGUAAGGAAUAGACUAUAAAACCCGACUGCGCACACCCCACCCCAGCCCCACCGAUUUGAAAUUCCUUGUCUGCCUUCGAUUCUGAUGGGCUCAAGGCUCUGGGCUCGAUACCUGAACCAUGACCCAGAUGGGCACUCCUGAGGUGCCAUUUUCUGGAUGAGAUGUUACACAGGAGGAUCCAGUCUGGCCUCUGACCUUAGCCAAUAAAGAUCCUGUGGUGCUACAUUGAGGAAGAGCAGUGGUGCUUCCCACUAAAGUCCUGGAUCAGUAUUUUAUCUGUUGAUUGACAUGGCAGAAAGCAAAUCUGGUCAUUUGCCACAUUGCUGUUUGUGGGAGCUUGCUGUGCACAGAUUGGUUGGGAUGCUACCCACAUUACAACAGUACUCCCCAUCCUUCAUUGAUUGAUUGAAAUGUCCUGGAGAGUUGAAAGGUGCUAUAUAAAUACAAGACUGUGUUUCCCACUUUCAGCUCUCCCCACACUGUCAGUUCCCUCUAACACAGAAUUUACUUCUCUCUGUCCCUCUUUCUGUGGAGGGACAGCAGCGAGUUCAAUGUCACCUCAACACUAAACUCAUCGCCUGCCGUUUUUGUGUAAUUGCAUCAGGGAAGCUGCUGUUUGCAAAUCACCCUGGACUCUUGCAAUAUUAUCUCCCCAUGUAAUUAAACUACCAGAGCCAAUUUGGACCUAUUUGGACUGCAAAGAAAUCCUCACCGAAUAUAUUGUGUGUGUGUGUGCGCGCGAGACGGACCAGCAAAGAUGCCAGUGUGUCUGCCUGUGUGUGGACCCGGUAUCCUGUGUGUGUCUGUGUGUGUGUCUGUAACCUGUAGAAGUCUUGUUGCCAGGCCCUUUAGAUUGAGUCAGUAUCUUCUGUUACUCUGUGUGACAUUGUGCCACUUUCUCGCGUAGCAGACUUCCUUUUUCUUCUAUUUUUAUUUUAAAAGCAAACCAAAGAUCUUUGUUGUUGGACAUGAAGUUUUGUUUCUGAGGAUGACUUUGUUCUUGGAAUCCUACAAAUCAGUUUUGGGAACAUUCUUUACUGAGAUGUUGUACUUUUUUUUAAAGUUGAAUAAUAAAGCUGUUUUCUGACAGUUCUCUUUUAA